AUGGGCUCGUAUUCAUCGAACCACCUCCGUUUGCUUUCCUACACUAAGCUCCUAGCUUCUCACGUCAACGGUGGCCGUCACCAGAAAGCCCUCGGUCUUUUCCACCAUAUCCACUCUUCUCUAUCCUUCGCAUUGGACCCUUUUAUCUUCCCUCUUGCCCUCAAAUCCUGCGCAUCCCUUCACUGCUCUGAUCUGGGCACUUCGAUUCACGCACUCACCUACAAAUGGUCUUUCGUAUCAAACCCAUUUGUGGCUUCUGCUCUCGUCGACAUGUAUGGCAAAUGCAUCUCAAUUUCAUCCGCCCGCCGACUGUUCGAUGAAAUUCCUCAAAGAAAUGCAGUCGUUUGGAACGCUAUGAUUUCGCUCUACGCCCAUUCAAGUGAUAUGUCUGCUGCUAUGGACUUGUUUGAAGUUAUGGAUGUUUUGCCUAGUGUGUCGAGUUUUAACUCGAUUAUAGCUGGAUUUUUGGAAAUGGAUGACGGGUUUUAUAAGGCCAUUGGGUUUUAUAGGCGAAUGCUGAAGUUGGGUUUGGCGCCUAAUUUGAUUACGGUUCUUGCUCUUUUACGUGCUUGUUUGGGUGUAUCCUCGUUGAAUUUGAUUAAAGAAAUUCAUGGUUAUGCAGUGAGGAAUGAAUUUGAGCCGAGUAUGCACUUGAGGAGCGGGUUAAUUGAAGCGUAUGGGCGAUGCGGGUGCCUUAGAAAUGCAGAUUCUGUGUUUCAGCAAAUGAAGGAAAGAGAUGUGGUUGCUUGGAGUAGUUUGAUAUCAGCUUACGCACUUCAAGGUGAGGCAAGAACUGCACUAGAAAUAUUCGCGCAGAUGGAAAUAGCGAAUGUAAAGCCUGAUGAGAUUACGUUUUUGGCUGUUCUGAAAGCUUGUAGUCAUGCAGGAUUAGCUGAUGAGGCACGAGUGUACUUCGCCCGUAUACAAAAUUGUUAUGGGGUGGAAGCAAAUAGCGAUCAUUAUGCUUGUUUAGUUGAUGUUUUGAGCAGAGCUGGUAGAUUACGUGAGGCUUAUGAAGUUAUAAAAGGAAUGCCAGUAAAGGUGACUGUAAAAGCUUGGGGAGCAUUACUUGCGGCUUCCAGAACCUAUGGAGAAGUGGAGCUCGGGGAAAUUGCUGGAAGAGCAUUGCUUGAGAUGGAGCCAGAAAAUCCUGCUAAUUAUGUGAUAUUGGCAAGACUUUAUUCUAAUGCUGGAAGACCUACAAAAGCAGAAGAAAUUAGAAGAGAAAUGAAGGAAAGGGGCCUGAAGGCUACACCUGGUAGUAGUUGGACAAUACACCAAAAUUGAGGUACAAUGUUAAAGGACUGAGGGAAUCUAAUCAAUAGAUUAACUCUGCUGAAGACACUGUGGUUUGACAUUUAUAAGAACAGACUAAGAAUAUGAGGGCCUGAAGUCUCCAAGAAUUGCUCAUGCUGGUCGGGUCUCUGCACUGAGCAUAUGAACUAUACAUUCUUCAAGAUUUUAGUAAUUUACAAAAUGAUAUUGAGGAGUUUAAAGACCUGAAAUUUUAAAAUCUCAUGAUGGCAACUUGUUCACUUUUGCACAACUGGUUUACCGAUGAUGAUCACCAUUUUUUGUAUCCUUUGCGAUUCUGACUCGAAGAAACUUGUAAUUUUUUUGGCUGUAUGCUAAUUGAAUGAUUAGCCAAACA